AUGAUUUUGCUGAGCAGCUUCUUGCACCUACGGCCUCGCUGCUGCGGCCCCUUGGCAGGGCUGAGCAGGGGUGCCAGCCCCACAGCGGGUUCCCGCAGGGCUCUGCGGGUGCUGGUGGACAUGGACGGGGUGCUGGCCGAUUUCGAAGGAGGCUUCCUCAAGAAGUUCAGGGCCAGGUACCCUGACAAGCCCUACAUUGCCCUGGAGGACCGGAGGGGCUUCUGGGUGUCGGAGCAAUACGGGCGCCUGGGACCCGAGCUGAGCGAGAAAGCCAUCAGCAUCUGGGAAUCCAAGAACUUCUUCAUCGAGCUGGACCCGCUCCCCGGGGCUGUGGAGGCUGUGAAGCAAAUGGCAAAUUUGGCAGACACUGACGUGUUCAUCUGCACAAGCCCGAUCAAGAAGUACCGCUACUGCCCAUACGAGAAGUACGCCUGGGUGGAGAAGCACUUUGGCCCCGAGUUUCUCGAGCAGAUCGUUUUGACGCGAGACAAGACGGUGGUUUCUGCUGACCUGCUUAUAGACGACAGACCUGAUAUAACAGGGGCCGAGCUGAACCCCAGCUGGGAGCACGUGCUCUUCACGGCCUGCCACAACCGGCACCUGCAGCUGAAGCCCCCCAGCCGCAGGCUGCAGUCCUGGAGCGAUGACUGGAAGGCCAUUCUGGACAGCAAACGCCUGCCGCCCGGCCGGUCCACCUAA